AUUUGCAAUGUGAUAGGUCCAAUAUUGUCCAAGUUGAGAAAUCUUCUCGUCAAAAAUACAAAAGUUCGAGUACCUACAUGUGUACGCCUGACGAAGAUCGUGUUACAUCAGAAGAAUUUGAAUAUUAUUUCUAUUCAUUCUCAAAAUCUACUCAAACACCAACUGGAAUGGAGUUUUAAAUGACAAAUCAACUUGCCAAGAUGUCGGUGAUACUCCUCUAUGAAUUUGACAAGGAGAAGAUGUGUAUGUUGGUAUAAAACAGAAAUUGGACGAGCUUAAAAAUUCUUUGAAUGUGUAAAUAACCUAGGUAGAUCUACGUCAUGAAUAAAGUAGCGGAUAACAACGUUCAGAAUAUAAAGUGUAGUCAAAUGAACACGAAAAAUAAAAGUAAAAAGACCAAAGAUCUUUCUCAAGCUGAUGAACUUUGUAUAAAGAGUCAAGAACAUUUGAAUGAGACUUUAGCUAAUACUCUACACAUUAAUAAUAUCAAUAGUAACCUAACCAAUGGAACGAGCGACCAUUCGAACGGCAGUUCCGAAGUUUUAAGUGAGAAAGGAGAUGGACAAGGUGAAACAGUGAACAAGGUCACGAACGAUGUAAAUAGUGUACAGCAUAAUGACACAUCAAAUAAUUUUGAAGGCAAAAAGACAACCAUGCCUUCAAUAAACAGGUGUUUGUUAGAUAUGGCCUUAGAGAAGCUUGAGAUAAACACCAACAAUGAAGAUCUAUUGCCUCGUGAUGACGUUGAUAUUGUCUCUUAUGAAUCUGAGUUACAAAUGCCUGAAAUAAUGAGACUUAUACAGAAGGAUUUAUCUGAACCAUAUUCUAUAUACACCUAUAGAUAUUUUAUUCAUAAUUGGCCUAAACUUUGCUUUCUGGCAAGACAUGAAGGGAAGUGUAUUGGUGCCAUUGUAUGUAAGUUAGACAUUCAUCGAAAUGCAGUAAAAAGGGGCUACAUUGCAAUGUUGGCUGUUGAUGAGAAAUAUAGGAAGCGAAAGAUUGGCUCAAGAUUAGUGCGGAAAGCAAUUCAGGCGAUGAUAAAUGACACUGCUGAUGAAGUAGUCUUAGAAACAGAAAUCACAAACAAACCAGCACUGAAGUUAUAUGAAAACUUGGGUUUUGUAAGGGAUAAACGCCUAUUUCGAUAUUAUCUUAAUGGUGUUGAUGCAUUGCGGUUGAAGUUGUGGCUAAGGUGAAAUAAGUAGCUAACCGAUGAGAUUUCUCAAUUUUGUGUUUAAAUAACUUGCAAUAUGCAGUAUUGAGUAUAUACAUAAAAUACUACUGUUUAUAUUCUUAUCUAUUGUGCAACAUAUUGCCAUCUAUGUGGAUCUAGCCAAAUGUAGUGUUUAUUUGUCAUUUUAAUUCAAAAUCAUGUGAUACAUUGUAUGUAAUUUAUUAUAUUUUUUUUUCUCAAAUACUGUUUAAUGAUAAAAUCUAUUGUAACAAAAAUAAUG